GUUUGGAGAAACAGGAAACUGAUGAAAGGAAAUGAUGCACGUCACACACAGGCACACAGUGCUGUUGGUAAAAAGUGAACAAAUCUUGAGGCACAAAUGGAGUUCUUCCUCAACUCACCGAUGAAACUCUUACUUUUAGCAGCCUGGCUUUCAAGUGUGCUGGGUCCAUGCAAAUUUUCAGAAAUUUGCAACUCGUGUCACCAGAAUGCAACUUGUAAGUCCAGACAGUGUUUGUGCAAAUUAGGUUUUUCUGGAGAUGGAAUAAAACAGUGCAUAGAUGAUGAUGAGUGUACAAACGUCACUCGCAUCUGUGGGGAUAAUGCCAACUGCACAAACACAGUAGGAAGCUAUUACUGUACCUGCAAGCCUGGAUACGUGUCAACGGGAAGGCAACAAUUUCAAACUAAUGAUGGAACAUACUGUAAAGAUGAUGAUGAGUGUGUGUACAGUCAGAUUUGUGGGCCAUUCUCCAAAUGUCACAACACGGAUGGCUCUUUCUACUGCUCAUGCCAAAGGGAUUAUACAACAUCAUCAGGAAGGAUCUGGUUUCAGCCAAAUAGUGGGACUGAGUGCAAAGAGGACCCAAAUAAGGACUGCCAUCAGGACACGGGAUGUAUAACAAUGACUGUUAAAACCACAAUUAAAAAUAUCAUUAACCUGCCAGAUCCACAGCAGCAAAUGGAGAAGAUAAAAAACCAAACAUCAGGUGACCUUGCUCCAGUCGCAAUAAUCUCUUACAUUGAUGCCAUGGAAGCUUCUGCGAUACAUUUUGCAAAUGAGUCUCAGGAAGACAGUGCCAUAAAUGCCACGAUCAGGAAUUUGGUUGAAAGUGUGAAUAAUCUGGUGGAAAAGGAGGAAAAGGUGGCAUGGAACAGAAUGAGGGAAGAUACCAAGGAUCAUUACCUAACUAAGUUACUACAUACAGCUGAACAGGGCGCAGUGACACUUUCUAAAGCCUACAAACAUUCAGCUGAAGUAGAAAUCAAAACGGCUGAUGUGGAACUGAAACUCUACAAAUUUGACCCCCAGAAAAAACAGAACUCCAGCAUCUCAGCAUCAAUGGGUGGAGAUUCUAUUUCACUUAGUCCCAUAUAUACGAGAGGGGAAACUACAAACAGGAGUGUCUCUGUUAUAUUCCUGCACUAUGACAGCAUUGGGCCUCUGAUGAAGCCCAAUUCUGACCCCGGCGUGAAUGACUACAGCCGAUACGCAGAAGCAGGAGAGAUCACAGUAAAUUCUCCUGUAAUAGCUGCUGCCAUAAGUCCACCGAAUGUUUUCCCCUUGGAUCAUGUAACCUUCACUCUAAAACACAAUGAGCCUAUAGACCCUGAAAUCGAUGAGACCAAAUGUGCUUUCUGGGACUAUUCACUGAGCAACAUGAAAGGUCACUGGUCCAUCGAGGGUUGUAAGCGCUCUCAUGUCAACAAGACCCACACAACCUGCUCCUGUAAUCAUCUGACACACUUUGCCAUCCUCAUGUCCUCUGGCCGUGCCAAUCUCGCUGCACACUACAAUGUACUGAGUCGCAUCACGCAGCUGGGAAUGGUGAUCUCCAUAAUCUGCUUGUUCAUGUGUAUCUUCACCUUCUGGUUCUUCAGUGAGAUUCAGAGCACGAGGACAACCAUCCACAAGAACCUAUGUUGCAGCCUUUUCAUGGCUGAGUUCAUCUUUCUGAUUGGGAUCAAUAUGUAUGCACAUAAGUUGUUUUGUUCGGUUAUUGCUGGGCUGCUGCAUUAUUUCUUUCUGGCUGCUUUUGCAUGGAUGUGCAUCGAGGGCAUACACUUGUACCUGAUCGUUGUUGGUGUCAUCUACAACAAAGGCUUCCUUCACCGCAAUUUUUACAUAUUUGGUUAUGGCAGUCCAGCAGUGGUUGUCAUAAUCUCUGUAACUCUUGGCUACAAAUACUAUGGUACAAAUUCUGCAUGUUGGCUAAGCACAGAAAGAAAUUUCAUCUGGAGUUUCGUUGGACCUGCAUGUUUAAUUAUUCUGGUGAAUUUGUUGGCAUUCGCUGUAAUCAUCUAUAAAGUCUAUCGUCAUACAGCUGUGAAGAAACCUGAGAUCAGCCACUAUGAAAAUAUCAGGUCUUGUGCGAGAGGAGCUCUCGCUCUCUUAUUUGUACUUGGAGCUACAUGGACAUUUGGCGUGGUGCACAUCCUCAAUGAGACCACUCUCACAGCCUAUCUCUUCACUUUCGCUAAUGCCUUCCAAGGGAUGUUUAUUUUUAUCUUCCUCUGUGUUUUGUCUAGAAAGGUUCAAGAAGAGUACUAUCGAAUGUUCAAGAAUGUGCCGUGUUGUUUUGAAUGCCUGAGAUAAGGAAACCAGAUCCAACCCCCCACCCCCACCCCCUGCCGGAGAAGCAUACUAAAAAAAAUAUUUUAUAACUCAUAAGUAUCUGAGGUUACAAAAAAAUGUAGCCUUUUUGUCGCCUACAUUUUUUUUUUUUUUUUUUUUUUUUACAUUUUUUUAUAUUUCUAUGUAGCAAAUGCGGUAAUUGAGGCCGUCUAUUAUGUGGCAUCCCAGGAAAACUCAUCGGAUGACAAUGUGACUGAAUUCAAAAUAGAGAGCUUUUCUGCUUAUAAUGCCAACUUUACAUUUUAACUGUGUCUAGGCUAUAUUCCUGGAAAGGACCUGUUGGGUAAGGAGCAGUGUUUGACAAAAUGAUGGUAAAAAAUUUCAGUCUGCCUAAAAAUGUCUAAAUCAUGAUUCUCCUGCACAAUAGUCGGAGUUAAAUAUUUUUUAAUCGUUUAAAAUGCUAUAGCUUUACUUGUGAUUGAGAUACAUGCAAAUGUACUUCGGUUCAGGAAAAUCUGUAGUUCAGAGCUAUAUACAGUAAAAAUUUCACCAUACGAAGAAUUUUCCCAGACCUCCACAUAUUUGUUGUUCACUGUGCACAUUUCAAACAGAUGUAUUUGAAUAAAGCCUAAAAUUUACUUUUGUUCUCAAGUAACAGUAAAAGUACUGCACUCAAAAAAAAGUACUGCACACAUUAUAUACAGUAACUAGUUCAUCAGAUCAGUUAUUUACUACACAGAGUUUUGUUUACAUAGUAUUUAAAGUUGCUUAACCUAAAGUUGUGUUUCUGCCUGUAAAAGAGUUGUAUUCUGUAUGUACUGUAUAAAUCAUUGUUAAUGAGUUACUUUGUGAAGUUUGGAUAUAUUUCAGUUUUGCCACCAACAACUUUUUUUCUGGUGAAAAAAAAUCAGUCUGUUCAAAAAUCAGUCUAUUCAAAAUGUACAGAAUGACCUUCUGGGUGCACUUACACUGCCUGCCAAAAGUUUUUCUGCACCUGAAUUUUUAAAAAUGUUUUAUUACAGUUUAUUCACUAUUAUCGCUACAGACCAAACAAAAUUAUACAGAAUAGCACUUAAAUAUGGAAAUCUUUGUGGAUUUAACCAGUUGCUCUCAGAGUUUUAAUAUGAUGCUAAAAGGCAGUCACUUCUUGGAGGAUAAAACUGUUAAGCCCUUAGAUACAAGUGAAGUCAAGUGACUUUCAUUUUAUAGCACAUUUAAAGAUAAGAAGUGUCUACCAAAGUGCCAUAAAAUAAAAAUCUAGUAAUUACAAACAGCAAUGAAAUAAAAUAAGAAUAAUAUGAAAUAAAUCAAUAAACUAAUAAUACAAUAAAAAGCAUAAAAAGACAAAACCACAGCUUCAAUACUACAGACCUAAAAAUGAAUCAGUAAAUAGAAUAAAUAGAUUUUUAAACUGAAAGUAAAGUCAGUGCUAAUAUUAACUGUAAAACAUAAAUGUGUGGUGUGAUGCAACUGUCUAAGUGAAGUGAUAAACUUUUUUGACCUUUUCUGAUCAGGAGAAGAUCUAGAUUAUUCCAAAAUAAAUAAACUAAAAACAUUUUUCACUUCAUUAACCAUUUCUCCAUUCACUUAUAUUCACAAUUUUCCAAUGCAUAGAUUAUUUACAAUGAGGUAAUUUCAACAAAUUACUAAAAUAUAGAGUGAUCAAAAACUUGCAUAGCAAGUACAGCAUUCCUGAAAAGUUACUGAUAUUUUCCAAACACUUGUUUCCCCUGAAUACUUUCUGGAAUGUUCAUGAAGCCAAUGAUUUUAUUACAUUUUUUUCUUAAUGAUGGCCAACAGCUAGAUGACUGAGACACAGCUGUGGUGGCUCAACAGUUAAGGUUCUGUGCUUAUGACUGAAAGGUUGAGUUCAAAUCUCAGGACAGCCAGAAAGACACUGUUGGGCUCUUGAGCAGCUCCUGUAACCCUCAACUGCUCAGCUUUGUGUUUGUAAUAGGUCUGACUUGUAAAUUACAUUGAAAUCAUUAAAUCAUCUGCUAAACGAAUAAAUGUACAUUUAAAAGCUA